CGUCUAUGAUGCACCGCUGACUGCGACCUAAGGUUACACAAUGGAGAGCUCAGGCUCCGAAGAAGAGCUCUCGGACAUGAAGAGACCUCCUCUGGUGAGGGACUUGAGAGCCAUCCUGGAGGAGUAUCCUGAUAAUGGGCAGAUAUUUAAGGAGUUGAUACAAAAUGCAGAAGAUGCUGGAGCUUCCCAAGUCAGGAUUAUUUAUGACAGUUUUGGUGCAGAACGCGAGACAAGUUCCUGUCCUCAUUUUCAGGGACCAGCUAUAUAUGUCUGCAAUAAUGCCAGAUUUACGGAGGAAGAUUGGGAGGGAAUUAAGAUGUUGCGCAAAAGUGUCAAAGAGGUGGAUCGAUUGAAAGUUGGCCGCUAUGGACUGGGAUUUAAGUCUGUGUUCCACAUAACAGACUUCCCAAGCAUCACCAGCGGGGACACUCUGCUUCUUCUUGAUCCAAGCAAGCCAGAACACAGAGUGUGUGCGACCUAUCGGCUUUCUAACCUGAAGAGCAAAACAGUGCAGCGCAUGAGACAGGUGUUUGGGAAAGUGCUGGAUAUGUCCAGUUUGGAUAGAGCUACAACAGAUGGCUUUGAUGGAACUGUGUUCCGAUUCCCAUUACGACAGUCUUGCUCUGAACUGUCACCCGUGGUUUAUGAUGAUGGAAGAGUGUGUGAUCUCCUAAAAUGUUUCAGAACUGAGAUGAUGAUAGUUCUUGUCUUUCUAAAGUCUCUGGAGUGUGUUGAAAUUUGGAGUCCUCAACAGGGGAAGGCGACCCCCAAAUUGUCCUUCAGUGUUUGUCUUACUGAUGAAAGUGCAAAACAACGAAAAGAUCAAAAAGAGAUCCUUAACCAGGCUUUGGCAGCAGAGCCAACCUCAGUAUGGACAAGUUCAGUGAAUUGUGAAGUCAAAGAUCAUUCUUCUGGACUGAAUUUUCGUUUGAACUGGACUGUGAAGUCAAUAAAGUUGGGGAGAGAUGAAAUGUCUUCUUCCCUGAGGGCUCUGUCAGACGAUCCUGCCCUGUCCUAUCCACCAUUUGUGGGAGUUUCUGUCGUAGAUGUCCCAUUGUUGACAAGAAAAACCAUUCUGGACAUGAAAUUAAUGGAAACUGCUCUACAAGGUCAUGUGUACUGUUUUCUACCCCUCCCUCUUCAGCAUAACAGUCUGACUGGACUCCCUGUGCAUGUCAAUGGGUAUUUUGCUCUCAGCUCCAACCGACACCAUCUAAAAUGGCCAACAGCAGAUGAGGAGCACCAAGGCUGGGACAGCCAAAGGGAUAAAUCUUGUCGCUGGAACCGUGGUCUGUUGACAGAAGCUGUCCCAAAGGUUUACUCUUUGCUGAUUGACGAGUUGAUAGAGACCUCCAAGAAACACAAAAAUCCAAAGGACUAUGUGCAGGCUGUUUACAAUGCAUUCCCCUCAGUAGGGUCUGCGUCCAACAUGUGGGUGGGUGUGGUUCAGGGCUUCUACGAACACAUUCUUACCAAGCCAUGUUUCUUCUCAGAAGAAGGUGGGGGCAGAUGGGUGACGUUCAGAGAAGCUGUGUUUUGUGAGGACAAGUCAGUUGUUCCAGAGGAAGUUUUAGGAAUUCUAAAGCAUCUGGGAAUAACAGUGACUUGUGUGCCAGAAGGUCUAUUUGACACAGUCCGUCAUUUUGUUGGGAAUAAAAUGGAGCAGGUCACAACAAGAUUUGUUAGAAAUGUGCUGAAGAAAACCUUAGCAUAUAAACAAGAGAGUCAUUUCCAAAAGCUGCACCUUCUGAACUUUAUCAUGGAGGAUCUCGUAGAAAACAAAGACUUUGAUGACCUGUGGGGAAUAAGACUUCUCCCACUGUCUGAUGGUACUUUCACAACAUUCCAAGACCAGAGAGAGGAGACCAAGUUCAGUGCCACGAAAACCUUUGACAGAUGCUUGUUCCCAGGGUUAGAAAAUCAGUUUUUGACUGAAUCUUCAAUACAUCAAUUUCCGGAUGGCCUGAAAAAGAAACUGAAGAUCUUAAUUCAGUCAGGGAAGACACAACUGAGACCUGUCAGGAAGGAUGACUUCCGAAAGCUUAUAGAACAGGUGACUAAGAUCUUUGGUGGACAAAAUAGGGAACGUAUCAAGCUGUGGAUGACCAAUGUCUGGAAGGCAUUGUGCUCAGAAUUCCCAUCUAACCUUCGCGAGUUUCAAGGACUAACCCUUCUGCCCAUCUCAGCACCAUUUGGAGUUACUCUUGAAAAACUUCAGUAUCCUCCAGUGAAAGUCCUAAAGAGAUAUGGCAGGACAGUUCUGUCAGGUGUUGUGGAAUCUGUUGUUAAGAAAAUGGGCGUCCAGGUGUUGACAGAAGUUGUACCAGAAGUGUUGAAGCACCCAAAUGUUAUUGGUGUGUUUGUCCUUGAGCCGACAGCCAGCUCAGUUCUGCAAGCUUUGUCUACUGCGAGAGACUACACCCAUGACACAAUGGACCUGUCACUAUCAAAAGAGCAGAGGUCAGAAUUUGUGACAUUCAUUGCCAGUUGUGACAGACUGUUUACACUUCAAGAACACGGACUCCUUACUUCUCUUCGAUUAUUUGAAGCUGUUGGCCCUAAUGAAAAUAUCAGCCAUGUUUCUGUUCAAGAACUGCAAAAGUCUGCUCCUGAAGAGGUCAUCCCGAUCACCUUUCCUUGUAAACUGAUAAAGUAUGGAUCAUUGGCAGAAAAAAGCCUGGGUGCAAAGCUUGGCGUUCAGCAGCUUAACCGCGGAGAUCUGGUGUUGCUAGUACUUAAAAAGAUGCGGCUAGAGCCCAACAUGUACAUGCGUUCCCAGGUGAUUCAUUUCAUGGAACAUAUCUUUUCCAAUCGAUCAGGUUUGAACAAAGAAGUUUGGGAUUUGGUUGGAAAUAUUUCCUUUAUACCAUGUACAGAUGAUGAAAGAACGCUGCGAAAGCUAUCAGAGUUGUUUGAUCCGACAAUACCUAAACUGAGGGAUCUGUUUGUGGGAGAAGAUGUGUUUCCAGGCAAAGAAUGGGAAAACUAUACACCCAUACUUCGGAGUCUAGGCUUAAAGAGUAGGCCAACAGAACAGGAUCUACUUUCCUGUGCUGUAAAGCUGGAAAACAUGCAGACAGAAAAAGAACACGACGUGCUGAACCGAAAAUGUCGUGCAGUAAUAUCUGCCAUAGCGGAUCGGACUGAUCUGUCAUCAAGAAUUGUGGAUAAACUUAAAACAGUGGCAAUCUUGCCAAUUAAGAGAGACAGACCAAGCCAUUUUCCACAAAAAAUGCCUUGGUUUUCUUCAACUAGAUUUCUAGCUAAACCUUCAGAGGCAAUGGACAAAAGAUAUCAAAAUUUGAUUGGCUCAGUUAUGCCAAUUACAGUGUUGCCAGAUGAUCUGACACAGACUCAAAAGUCAAAUUUGGUGCAGAUGUUAGAAUUGAGUCGCCCUCCUUCAUUAUCCAAGCUACUAGAACAAAUGAAGAUCACUAUGAGGAAUUUCGAUCCAGAUAAUGUGGAUUUCUUCGUAACGGCUGUGAAAAAAAUUUACAGAGAACUUCAGAAAUUCAGUUAUCAAGCUAUUUGGUCAGAAAUGAAUGACCAAAAAAUUGAUCGCAAGUGGAUUUGGAAUGGUAAAGAAUUUAGUUCUUCUCAAAAGAUCUAUGUUGAGGAAGCAAAUGAAGACCUGGAUCUGGCACCAUACAUGGUGUGUCUGCCGGUAGAUAUGCGUGAUUUGAAGGAUUUCUUCUUGUCUUUUGGGUGUCAUAAAAAUCAGGAUCAAGAGAUGAUGUUAGACGUUCUUCAUAUGAUAGAAAAAAAGUACUCAAAGCCAAAAGCAAGACAAAAAGCAAAGGUACAUCGUGAUAUCCAGAUUGUUCUCAGGAUGUUACACCACUUGUCAGCCUAUGUUGAGGAAGGAAAUCUGCUGGAAGCAGCCAGGAUUUUAAUUCCGGUGGAAGUUGCUGGUAAAGACGAAUAUUUCAAAAUGAUGCCAGCCAACCAGUGUGUUUAUUAUGACUCUUCCGAGUGGAUCAGUGUGGAGGACAUUUUAGCCGAUGAUAGAGACUUGCACAUUGUACAUAGAAAUGUCCCACGUGAACUUGCGUAUUCCCUGGGAGUGUCACCCCUCAUGGACAAAUUGCUUGAUGCUCAGGAAUUAGACAUGAAUUACGGCCAAUUAGAACCCCUGACUAGACGCCUGAGAAACCUAAUACAGCAUUACACGGAUGGGGUUGCAGUCAUGAAAGAGCUUGUCCAGAAUGCUGAUGACGCCGGGGCAACUAGAGUGUGUUUUCUGUAUGAUGAACGACAGAAUGCAAAUUUCCGAAAUCGACUGAUACAUGAAAACAUGGCGGAGUGCCAAGGCCCAGCGCUUUGGGCCUACAACAACGCAGUGUUCACGGAUGAAGACUUUCAGAACAUCACCAAAAUAAGCGGGGCUACUAAGCUGUACAAAGCUGCCAAGAUUGGUAAAUUUGGGUUAGGAUUCAACGCAGUGUACAACUUAACAGAUGUGCCAAGUUUUGUUAGCAGGGAUCUUUUUGUCAUCUUUGAUCCUCAUGAGACUUUUCUUGGCAAACCUGGAUUAAAAAUGAACAUUAGGAAAAACAGAAGAAUGGUUAAUCAGCUGAGAGAACAGUUUCAACCAUAUAACGGUGUAUUCGGUUGUGACUUUGACACAGAGGACGCUUUGAAUUUCCAGGGAACGCUGUUUCGUUUUCCACUGAGAACGUCUGACCAGGCCGACCGAAGUCAGAUCAGCAAUCUACACUACAGUCACAGAGAAAUGAUCAAACUGUUGCAAAUGUCUUUAGAAUGUGCCGGGAAUUUACUCAUGUUCACCCGAAAUGUGACAAACAUCAAGUUUUUCCAUCUGUCAAGUACGGAAACUGAUGCAUCAACACAAACUCCGUUGUUUGAAGUUUCUAAGUCAAAUACUGACCAUAUGAUAAUGGUUCAAAUGAUUAACAACAUAGAAAAAUGUGAGAAGCUUAAUUUGAAACCGGCAUGUGAAAGAAAAACUGAAGUUACUUGGUUUAAGGGUAAUUCAAAGGGGGGUCAAAGAGUUUCUCAUUUUCUGUCAGUAAACCGAGAAAUGGAAGCCCUUCAUCCUGAAGGGAGUGUGGUCAUCCCAGUUCAAACGACAGGGAAUCAGUCUUACGAAGCCAUACCUAUUGAAAAGAGCCCCACAGGAUUUUUAAAACACGGGCUGGUCUAUUGCUAUCUGCCAUUGCCAAUACCCACAAAACUUCCUGUUCUGAUCAACGGAAGUUUUUCUGUGACAUCUGAUCGACGUCGUCUGUCUGAAAAAAAUGUCGAUGAAAAGAAAAACCUUGGGAGCGAGUGGAAUGAAAUUCUCCUUGAAGACUCAUUGGCAAAAUCCUAUAUCAACGCCCUACAACUGCUAGCAGCCAAAGGGCACCAGCAGAUGUUCGAGCUAUGGCCAACAGAAACAAACUGCGACGCUUACCUGGAGCCUCUUCUUCGCGGAUUCUAUGGCUCUCUGUCAUCUGAUCAGCAAGAAAUACUUCCAGGCAGAGAUAGGUUCACCAACAUGCAAAAUGCUGUAUUCCUCGAAAGCAAACUUCGAUUUGAUACUGGGAAGACCGGACAAGUGGCGUUUGAAGUUUUUAAUAAACUGGUCAAGAAAACAGAAAAUAUAGCCGUCGACCUCCCCGAAGAUAUCCAAAAAUGUUUUUCUAGGUUUGGACGAAGCCAGCUUGUUGAUAAAAACACAUUCUCUAUUCAUCAAUUUUUCACGAAACUUUUCCUGCCAAGAAUAGAAGAAAUAGAACCCGAACAGAGAGAUGUGUUGGUGCUUCAUGCUCUGAAGGGUAGAGACCCAAUCCUAUUGAGAGCUUUGAAAGAAACACGUUGUAUUCCGGUGGACUACUGUGGAUCACUGUGUAUGCCCUGUGAUCUGAUACAUCCAGAGGGAGAAAUAGCUUGCCUCUAUGAUAAUUCGGAAAAUCGAUUUCCUGUGGGAAGUAAGAUCACGUUCUGUAAUCCCCUGAUGCUGGAUGUCCUGAAAGACUUAGGAAUGUUAAAGGACAUCUUGCCUCCGGCAGAAGUUCCAGGUAGGGCAAGUACAAUUGAACGACUAAGUCAGCAUCAGCCAGAUAAAGCUCUCAGUAGGCUCAAAGCCCUGAUUCGUGUUCUUGUGAAAAUGAACUGGACAGAUUCCCUGGAUCUCUCCACAGAUGACAAGGAUAAGCUGAACACACUACGAUUUCUUCCUGUACUGCACCGUCCUACACUUUGGCCUUCAUCACUUCAGUGGAAAGCAGACGGGGGACCAACGUUUGAGUGUCCAAGAAAUCUGUACCAUGACAAAGGCAUAAACCUCAUAGGCUCUCAGAGAUUGGUAUUGAAUUGCGACGGACUGGGAUAUGUUCCAGAGACUCUUCUGAAGAAGCUUGGAAUAUUAAGUGAAGUUUCUGCGGCUGACUUGAUCCUGCAUUUGCGUCAUUUAACGAAAGUUAAAACAUCUGAGCUCUCCAGCGAUGAAAUAAGUAAUUUACAACAGAUUUAUGAACAGGUGUAUUCCUUUCUGGAGAAGUGUUGCACAGAAUCUGAAGAAAUCCCGAAAUGGACGAGGGAAAUAACAGAAUUAAACAGUAUUUUUCAUGAGAAGGAACACGUGUCUCCUCAAUGUGUAGCCUUCAAGUUCAACUAUAAUUGCUCUCCGUUUUUGUUCAGGUUGAGUGAAAGGUAUAGCAGACUGUACCCAAACACAAUGCAUUUACUUGGUGUAAAGGGAAACUUUAGUCGUUUUGAUUGUGUGCAUAGUCUUCAGGAGUUCUACGAGAUAUACAACAACGUCACACUUGAUUUGAACACCAUACGCCUUUUGAAUAGGAUGCUGACAGCUCUCGUUGAGACUGUAAAAUCUGAACAUGGUACCCUGUCAAAGGAGGAUCUCAAUGAAAUAAUGCUACCAGAUAAAGAUGGUAAACUCUGUUUGUCCGAAAUGCUGUGCUUUGAUGAUUGUUCUUGGAUAAAUGAUUCCAGUGGGGUGAUGAGAUACGUUCACAGUAGUGUCUCCCCAGAAACGGCUGAAUUGCUGGGAGUAAAAACUAAACAGCACUGGUGUUUAUCUCAGAAUGCUGAGGGCUUUCAAAUUCCGUUUGGUCAAAAGGAAGAUCUUACAAACAGACUAAAAGGAAUAUUACGGGGUUAUCCUUGUGAUUCUACAAUUAUGAAAGAACUUCUGCAGAAUGCGGAUGACGCUGGUGCUACAGAGAUACAGUUCAUUAAAGACUGGAGAUCUCACGAGAAUAAGAAGAUUUUUUCUGAAGAAUGGAAGGAACUGCAAGGCCCUGCUUUGUGUGUGUACAGUGAUGCAGCCUUUACUGACGAAGAUUUGGAAGGAAUUCAAAGUCUUGGGAAGGGAAGCAAGAGAGAUGACCCUUUGAAAACGGGGAAAUAUGGAAUUGGCUUCAACGUGGUUUACCAUCUGACGGAUGUUCCGUCUUUUCUGAUCAAAAGGCAGACAGAGGAAAUAUUGUGUGCAUUUGAUCCAAAUCGCAAAUACAUACCAAACAUGUCUCCAAUGUUGAGUGGCAUGAAAUGGCAAAAUCUACCUCAGGUUCGAAAGCGAUUUCCGGACUCGUUUGCUUGUUAUCCGGAAAGUAUUCUUAAUCAGAAUACCGUUGGUGCAUUGUUCAGAUUUCCUUUAAGAAACGCGAGUAUGGCCGAAAAAUCAGAGAUCAAAAAUGAACCAAUAUCGGUGAAUAAAUUGGACGAUCUUUUUAAGGAAUUCAAGAAAGAAAGUAAAGAAGCCUUGUUAUUUACCAAAAAUGUGCACUCUAUCAAGAUUAUUGACGUAACGCAGGACGGAACUCUGAAAACGGUAUAUGAAAUCAAAGCUAACUUGGACAAAGACAGUUUAAAACAGAAGAAACAAAUACAUCUGCAACGCCAAAAUGUUAUUACUGAAUUACACUCAGGAUUGUCUGUUGAAAAUGUGACCACAACAGAGGUGAAAUACCUCGUAGAAAUACAGGAAGAGCAGACGUCAGAACGGUGGUUUGUGAAGCAAAGGAUUGGGUUUGAAAAUCCCAAAGAAGUUCCAGAUGAGUUAAAGGUAGCCAUCAGUCAAAAAACACUAAAUCAUUUGCCCAUUGGUGGCGUGGCAUUUCCACUGAUAGAGACAAGACAGAGAAAAUGUAAGGCUUUCUGUGGCCUUCCUCUGCCAGUGCUAACAGGACUGCCUGUGCACAUUGAUGGGGAUUUUGCAUUGGACUAUGAACAACGAAGACACCUAUACUAUUCGCCACAUGGAGAUGUUAGAACAAAAUGGAACAAAACUUUAGCUGAGCAGUUGUUAGCACCUUUGUAUGCCUCAGGCAUUGUGGAUUUAAAAGAAGUACUGUUUCAAGCAACUCAUUCAGUACAAGGUUCCAUUGAGCAGUACCACGGAUUUUUUCCACUAAAUGAGAAGGCUAUGGACCACUACUGGAAGGAUUUGUGCUUAGCAGUUUACAAACAUCUUGAUUCCACAUCCAGUCGUGUGCUCUGUGUGACACACAAAACCCUAUCUGGGAAGGAGGUCGUGAAAAAAUGGCUGCCGCCAACUGGACAACAUGAACUUGAAGCAUUCUUCAAUACUUUGAAAACACAGUGCGACGAAACUGUGUCGGGUUUCUAUAGAUAUGGCAUAGUGGAAAGAGCUAGGGAAACGCCACUACGGUCUUCAACAAUGGCGUCUCUCUUACUUGCGUUGGAUUUCAAUCUUGUCAGCACUCCCCUGAGCAUUUAUAAAAACUUUUGUGAAGCCAAAAUUGGCGUAGAAGUGGUCUCACCAGAAUCAGUUGUGAUGUUUUUGCGAACAUACUCAGGUAAAUACCCUCUUUGCGUCAUAGGCAACCUUCCAUGUCCUUUAGAACAUACAAGUUUCAAAACAGAAGGCACCUUCUUUGAACUGUUGUCAUACUGCACAAAAUAUGACAAGCUGAAUGAGUCCCUUGAAGGGCUACCGCUACUGUUGACCUAUGAUAAAACGUUGCAGGUUUUCAGAGAGUCGGAAAAAGUUUUUGUAUCAAAACACUCACAGGUAGUUCCACAUUCUGCCGGUAGCUUUCUUCACCACCGUGCUAGAAUCAUCCUUAGUUUGGAUGAUGAAAACCUGCCAAAGAUCCCACAAGUGAAACAAUUUAGAAUCAAGGAUUUCAGUACUCUGUUGCGGAAAGAGUUAGAUGAGUCGGUUUUUGGAAGCAAUGAACCCGUGUAUUGGGAUGACAGGACAGUGGUUGAUAAUUUCUGGUUGAGAUCCGUGUGGCAUUUUCUGACUGAAGAGAUCAUGCGUCCAAAGCAAAAAGAAGCUCAGAAAUCGAUGGAAGACAUUCUAUCGUGGUCUUUGUUACCUGCCACGAGGACACAAAAGGGAGAGAAAUGCCUUUAUCUGGUCCCUGUAAGAUUUGCUGAUCAAGUAUUUAUGGACAGUCAUUUUCCAAUUUCUGAGCAUCUGCGUCAGGGAGGAUUUUACAUCUUUCACAGUUUAGAUGAGAAUGUUAGGACAUUAAAGACUGAUACACUUCCGGAUGAAUUGGUAGUUCAUUUGUCCAAUGUGGGAGGAAUUCUGACGGGCAUAUCAAAAACAUUGUCUUCGUCAUUGAGAGCCAAUGUCAUCGAUCUCCUGAAACCUGAGCUCUGCCAGGGAAUUUUGAAGCAUUUUUCAGAUCAAUUAGAAGAAGUGAAGAAGAUCCCAGACCAUAGGGCCCUUUUAGGACAGAUGCCGUUGUUUGUGACAGUGUACAACGAAGGUAUUGAGAUAAAUGGUGUUAAAGCAAUAGUCUUACCGAAAACGGUUCCUUGUGUUGGUAUGGAGAAAUGGUCUCAGGAGGAAUCGUUGGUACUUUUGAAAGAGAACAUCCGGCUCAUCAACCUGUACCGCUAUUUGGAACUUGACAACUGUUCAGAAAUUGAUUUCUAUUGUAAGUACAUUUUUAAAGGGUUUGGCCGCCUCGACGAGAAAGCCAGGAGUGUUCAUCUAGAAUUCGUCCGAGAUAAUCUAAUUAAGCGAGAUGGAAAUGUUAACUUAUCCGAUCUACAAAUAGCCCUUCAAGAACUGUCAUUCAUUCCCUAUAACCAGAAAUUAGAGAGAGCAUCAUUCUUUUAUGAUCACAAACAUUAUUUGUUCAAGGCAAUGCUGAAAAGGCACCAGUUUCUCCCGGAACCGUUUCGUGAAAAUGAAUGGUAUUACAUGCUAACUAUGGCUGGGCUCACCAACAAAGUGUCGGCAGACAUGUUUGUGAAACUGGCUAAACAGCUUGAGGAAGGUGGGUGCAAUGAGCGAGAAGAAAAGACAAUUCUUGAAAAAUCCCAGUGCUUAAUAAAGAAUUUGUUUUGUGAACAAAAAGAAAAUUCCGCUCUUCUUGAAAAAGUUAAAAAUAUAAAGUUCCUGGUUUCCAAGUCUGCGAGUCACGAGCUUCAAGCCAUUGCUUUGUGCUACAAAUCUUCCCCAUCAAUGACUUGUUUCAACAGUUCAGCAUUGCCGGAACACCAAGAUCUGGUGUGGUCAAGCUGUGAUGUUUUCAGGGAGUAUUGUGUGCCAAAAGACGAAAAGGAAAAAGAGAACAUUUUGAACAGAUUGGGUGUCAAAAUAGAACCAACUCCCGAAGCAGUUGUUCAGAAUUUGCGGAACAUAGUACAGAGCAUGAAUAAUGACAAACAACUGCAGAAGCAUCAACACAAAACCUUGGACACACUGUUGAAAAUUUGCUCUGGCAUAUACACGUUUCUUCAGAGUAAGAAGUUAAGCGAAGACCUGAAGAAAAUACUUCAUAACUUACCCUGUGUGAUAAUCAAGGAUCACAGAUGCUUUGCUAAACCAGACCAAGUGGUGGUGGAGCUGAAAUCAGAGAAUGAGAUUACUCCAUAUUUAUUUACGCUUCCUAAAGAGUUGGGCCCCUUUUGCGAACUAUUGGUCUCUGUUGGUGUCAGUAACAACGUGGCCGUAAGUCACUACGAGAACGUUCUUCUUCGGAUAAGAGAAACUUGUCAGGAUAACGACCUUGAACCCAACGAAAUGAAGGCAGCAUUGAAAGCAAUGAAAGGAAUGUACAAGAAGCUGUGCAAGUCUGAAGGACAGGUUCAAAUAGGCAAACUGUAUCUUCCGGGAAAAAGAGGCGAAACCUGUGUCAUUCAGAAGUCAUGUGAUAUUGUUAUUUCUGACAAUUCUUAUGUGGAGAAACGGGCUACUGGAGACCUCGAUUUUGUUUUUUUGCUAAACCUAGAUGAAGAAAAUGUUGAUAAGAUAGACUUGUGGGCCAAACUUCCCGACAGCCACAGGCCCCGCCUUCUGUCAAGAUUGGUGAAGGCACAGUUGACAGAGUCAUGCAGGUCUGAGUGUCAGCAGACAGAAAAAUGUCUGAAGCUGCAAAAUGUGGUGUCCACGCCUGAGGUUCUACAUGGAAUCAUACGUUUGAUCAAACACUAUAGGUUUGAGGAAGGACGCCACGACUGCACUGUGGAAAUUGAGGAAGUACAGAGCUUUCUGUCAUCUAUCAGAAUCUUCUGUUGCUCGGAAAUUAGCACUUGUCUGAUGUACCAAGGCAGUAUUAUCUCAAACAGUGAAGACUUUUCUCAUCCACAACACUGUGAAGAAGUCAAAGGAGAAAAUACAUCUGAAAUGCACAUCGUUUUUAUUGAAAAACUACUUGAUGAUGAAUAUGAAUGUUGUAUGCAGAUCUGCAAUUGCCUUUGCAAUUACCACAUGAAAUUGCCACCCAAAGCAUUGGUACUUAUUAUUAAGGUCCUUGUUCUUGGCUACAAUCAGCGGUCUAUUCAUGACUACUUAAAUCGGCAAGGAAUUAAAGAGUUCCACAUGAACGAACCUCUUCAGGAAAAGCCUGACCUUCCAAUCCCUGGAAGUUACGUCCCUGUUAAAUUUCAUUUUUUGCUGGACCAAAGUUUCACAUUUUUUGAACCUGGGCAGUACGUGGGGUAUGAAGCGUAUGACCCAAUGCUGUCAUCAGAAGAUGGGGAUGCAAUAUACAUAUAUGCCAUUGUCAAGGAAGUGUGUUCAGCGGCUGACGCUUCAGACUGGCAAACAGAGUACAAGAUUGACAUAGGCGAGAUUAUCACUGUUCCUGCCACUGACUUGUACGCAUUCCACAGGAAACAGAUAUCUACCACAGGGGAAAUAGAGGUCUUCUCAGGACACGCAACAAACACACACACACCUGACGCCACAGAGAGCAAAUCUUUACAAGAGGUGAAAAGGGAAAUUUUCAAAUUGUUGAAAGACGCAUGGCACAAAGAUGAAAUUACCAAGAAGAAGGUUUUGAAGAGACUGCUUCUGAAGUGGCAUCCCGAUAAAAAUCCGGAACGGGAAGAGUUUUGUACUAAAGUGGCUCAGUAUAUACUGGCACUGGUAAAGAGGUUCGAAAAUGGCGACUUUUCCGCGUUUGAAGAGGAAAAUGACACCAGUGACACUACAAGGGGAGGAAUAUUCUACGCAGGAGGAUCGUACGGAAAUUUCUUCACUAAAGCAAACAGGAGAGGAAACCAGUAUGGACAGAAUUUCAGAGCGUUCAAUAGCAGGGAUACGACAGAUGGCAGACGCUACCAAGGGUAUUACGGUCACACCUCAUCUAACUUCCCCAACCCCCAGCCGUCAGAAGGUCGCCGCUGGAUCCGUCAGGCACAGGCUGACUUCGAAGCCAUCGGGAACGACGAGGAAGGCCCGAAACCUUCGUAUUCUUGGAUUUGUUUUAAAUGUCAGCAGUCAUCAUGUUAUGACAUAUUUUUACAGGUCGCAGAAAAAGCCAUGAAAGCUGUACUGUAUAAGACUAAUGCCAACCAUAACGCUAUCCGAGCCCAUGAGUUGGGGGAAAUUGCAGACGGCCUUAACGACCCCACAUUGUUCCAACUUGCCCAGGAACUGGAAACGACGCUGGGAUAUAAGGGAUACACUAGAACAAGGUAUCCAGACAUGCUGCACGGCCAACAGACACCAUCCGAUGUGUACACGUGGACUCAGGCUGAGACAAGCAAGGAUCUUUGUGGGAAGAUCCUUCAUCACGUGUUAACAAUCCUUCGCAAUUGA